AUGGAUACAGUAUUUAUGAAACCAGUACAACCACACGUAUUCAAAGCUUUAAAAGACGUGGAUAUACAAACACUUAUUAAAUGUUCAACAGAUGAAAUAAGGCCUAUAAUACCGUGCCUUGUACGUAUGGCACUUAUAGCACCAUUAGACGUAACAAGAUACUGUGCAGAAGCUAAAAAAGAUAUUCUAACACUUUUGUCAGGAAUUGAUUUAGUGAAUUUUAUUGUAUCCCUUCUCUCUAUUGAAUUCCAUGCUCUAGAGGUUGAUCUUAAAAAAGAACAGCAAAUGCGGCAAAAAAGUGGCUCACAGACUACAGAAUCCUUUCUAAUACAAAAUAUUGUAAAUGGAAUAGCAAAUGACUUUGAACAAUCAGAUUCAGCAAGGAGAGUUCGUCUUGUCCUAUCAGAAUUAUUACAAAUGCAAGCACAGCUUGCAGAGUAUAAUCAAAGUAAAAAUAUUACAAAUGGUGAAGCACCUGUUAAACCUUCAGAACUAUUUGAUAAUGAAGUGUAUCUUGAAGAAAUUACAGAUGUUAUAUGUAUUAGCCUUGCAGAGUUACCAAAUUUACUUAAUAUUUGUGACAUAGUUGAAGUACUCCUUCAUGUAAAUAAAGGCCCUAUAAUAAUCUCAUGGGUUGUAGCAAAUAUGCCUGACACUUUAUUAGAUGUGGCCGAAUCACUUGUACUAAAUGCGGAGAGGAGUGAAGAAGGUGGUAUCAGAGCUAAAACUCUUUCAACAUUAUGUGAUGCUUGUCCAUAUAUAGCAGCAGCAGUUAGAGCUAAAGCUGUUUCUGCUUCACGGUUGCCAUGUUUAGUCAUAAAUCUUACUUUGACCCAUCAUCAGGAAGACUUGGUAUCUUUCAUAUCUGGACUUUUACUAGGCUCAGAUCAAACUUCCAGAGCAUGGUUUGCAACAUUUCUACGUAACUCACAUAAAAGAGGAAAAGGAGAUGGACAUUCAACUUUAAUAAAAUUACGUCAUGAACUCUUAAAUAGACUAAAAGAAGCAAUUGCUGGAGUUGAGGCCUCAGCUUUACUCAGAUUGUACUGUGCCUUAAGAGGCAUAGCUGGAAUUAAAUUUCAAGAUGAUGAAGUAUCAGGGCUUCUUAGAUUGGUCACUCAAAAGCCACCCCCAACACCAGCAGGUGUUCGGUUUGUUUCUCUCAGUCUUUGUAUGAUUUUAGCAUGUCCAUCUCUUAUGGCUGCUCCAGAACAUGAAAAGAAAGCUAUUGAAUGGGUACAAUGGCUUGUUAAAGAAGAAGCAUAUUUUGAAAGUAAUUCUGGAGUUACAGCAUCUUUUGGAGAAAUGUUACUACUAAUAGCUAUUCAUUUUCAUUCUGGACAAUUGGCAGCUGUUGGUGAACUAGUAUGUGCUACAUUAGGAAUGCGUGUGCCAGUCCGUCCUAAUGGAUUAGCACGAAUAAAACAAGCAUUUACUCAAGAAAUAUUCACUGAACAGGUUGUUACAUCACAUGCUGUCAAAGUACCAGUAACAGCAAAUUUAAACAGUAAUAUUACGGGAUAUUUACCCGUUCAUUGCAUUCAUCAAUUACUUAAAUCUCGAGCGUUUUCUAAACAUAAAGUUCCAAUAAAGAAUUGGAUAUACAAACAAAUAUGCAAUUGUACGGCUCCUCUACAUCCCGUCAUGCCUGCACUUGUUGAGGUUUAUGUUAACUCGAUUCUCGUUAUCAAUAACAAAGGCUCCAAUGAAUACUUUAACAAGCCUAUUACUGAAGAGGAGAUACGGCAAGUAUUCAGAAAUUCUAUAUUUGGCGUAAACUUCGACUCUCAAAUUAAACCAUUUACACCUAUGGAGACUGACGACGAAACAUCAAUCGAUGUGAACAUACAAAAACCGACUUUAGCCUCACAGUUGCUACUUAUAUAUUAUCUACUUCUCUAUGAAGAUGUCAGACUUGCAAAUUCUGCAACUCUCAUAGCAAAUGGGAGAAAAAUUAAAAGCUAUUCAACAGCUUUCUUAUCUGAAUUGCCGAUCAAAUACCUACUGCACCAGGCACAAAAGGAUCAAAUGAGCUACGGCGGUCUUUUUAGUCCACUACUUCGAUUGCUUGCUACACAUUUUCCGCAACUUUCCCUUGUAGACGAUUGGAUGGACGACCAAGUGUUUGGGGAUACGUGUCGUCACCAGGUCGACGUUAAUAUUUCCGAAACAUCAAUUGAUGAAGCUUUUCAAAGCAUCGAAGGGAAUCCAUACAAAACUGGUAAGAUUUUAAAAGCCAUGCUAAACAAGAACCCUACAGAUAUUUGGCCAUUUGCAGAGAUAUUUGUUAGAAAUGUGAAAAGUGUUCUUGGAGAUCAAGUACCGAGACAUAUUCAAGAACUUUAUCGCGAAGUUUGGCUUAGACUUAACACAGUUCUACCUCGCUGUCUGUGGAUAAUGACUAUAAAUGCUUUACUCGAUAUUAAUAAUGGAAACGCACGGAAUGUUACAAUCACUCAAGAAAAUGUUUUAGUAGAUCCCUUGCAAGUACUCCGUUGCGAUAUCAGAGUGUUUAGAUGUGGCCCCAUACUUAAAAUAAUUCUUCGAAUAUUAGAAGCUAGUUUAGCUGCUUCUCGAAGCCAAUUGAGUCGUCACUUGUUAGACAAGCCACUACUAGAAAAGAGUGGUCAAUUAACAUGUGAUUCUGAAAGGGAAGAAUUAAAAAACGCCUUAGUGGCCGCACAAGAAAGCGCGGCACUUCAAAUUCUCCUGGAAGCUUGUCUAGAAACAGAAGAGGAUCAGCUAAAACCAGAGUUGAUGUGGUCGUUACGAGAAGUCAGGAGUAUUAUUUGUUCAUUUUUGCAUCAAAUAUUUAUCGCCGAACCAUCUUUAGCUAAACUGGUGCAUUUCCAAGGGUAUCCUAGAGAACUCUUACAUGUCACCGUCCAGGGAAUACCAUCAAUGCACAUUUGCUUAGACUUCAUUCCAGAACUGUUGAGUCAAGCUUCACUAGAAAAGCAAAUAUUCGCAGUUGAUUUAGUAUCUCAUUUAUCAAUUCAAUAUGCUUUACCUAAAGCAAUGUCUAUCGCAAGGCUAUGUGUGAACACCCUGUCUACUUUGCUAUCAGUACUCCCGAGUGAUUUACGCCUGGAGCUCUUUCAACCAGUCCUCAAGUCAUUUGUAAGAAUUUGUACGGCAUUUCCUUCUCUCCUCGAAGAUAUCACAUCACUGUUGCUGCAAUUAGGCAGAAUAUGCGAGUCUCAAGUAUCUCUUGGACACUGUUGGAAUGAUGCGAAUAUAUUGGGAGAAGCGGCAUACGUACAGGCGGAUGCUCAAAGCGACAGUAAAGUAUUAGUUGCAGAAGUUCUAUGUAGAGAUAUCAGAGAAACAAUGUCCGAAAUAAUUGAAAAGGCUCUUUUAAAUGAUAAGCUAUAU